AUGGAUAUUGAGAAAACAACAACCCUCACACUUCUGUCGCACCCAAUCACAACACUCCAAUAUUUCUGUCAGUACAUUUUCCGGCAAGUCAAUAGGUUAGUGCAGUUCUCUAUUAAAUCGUGGGCGAUCAAUAUCUUAGCUAUUUUUGUCCUCACACACGUCAUUAUUUCGUUUGUUGAGCCGGAGUUUCUGGAAUUCUAUUUGUAUCCAACCAAUUUUGUGAUCAAGUACGUCAUCUGGUGGUUUGGUCUUGGUGUGUUGUCUUCAGUUGGUCUUGGGACCGGUAUGCACACUGGUCUUCUCUUCUUGUUCCCACACAUUUUACAUGUCUGUCUUGCUGCUACUGGGUGUCGGUCGAUGGAAUUCACUUCAUUCAACGACAUGUGGUUUACUCCAUCAUUUCGGUGUCUGUCUGCUGUCGAUGACAACAACCCCAUUCCUUCCUUCUUCCAGAUCUUUUGUCGAGUUGCCAUCCCUUGUUUCAUAUGGGGGGUUGGAACUGCUUUUGGUGAAAUCCCGCCUUACUUCAUAGCAUACACCAGUGCACAAGCGGGUAUGGAGAACAGAGAGGUGCUUCACUUAAAAGAAGAGACUCCAACAAAUCCAAUCGCGCGGUGUAUUCAGUGGAUGCAAUUAUGGAUGGUAUAUGCUGUAGACAAAUAUGGCGUAUGGGCUAUAGUAGCGCUUUCUGCUUGGCCCAAUGCUGCUUUUGAUUUGUGUGGGAUGUGUUGUGGCUACAACUUGAUUCCACUCAAGACCUUUUUAGGAGGGACUAUAAUAGGAAAGGCGAUGAUCAAAGUGAACCUUCAGGCCGUCUUUUUCAUUACUUUAUUUUCUAAAGAGCACCUCGAACUAUUUAUCAGUUACCUUGCCCUAGUCUCGAACUCACUCGCUGCUUUUGUGAAAAGGAUUUUAGACCAAACAGUGGAAGAUUUCAAGAAAGGUCCAGCACAAAAGUCGAAGGGUGUCUUUGGGAUGGCGUGGACUGCAAUGAUGUAUAUUGUUAUCGGUUAUUUCAUUAUGUCAUGCAUUGAACAGCUUGCACAACAAGAGUACAUCCACGAACAGAUCGCUUCAAAGAAGGAAGAAAAAACACCAAAAAGUGAUUGA